GGCAUCCCCUCAUAACCAGACGUCAGUGGUCUGCGGCUCUAGCGCUCAGUGAGUUUGCUGCUAGCUUUUGUUUCGGUGCACACAAAAAAAACACCUACAAGUACCAUUAGCCACCAGGUCUAAAUACACUGACAGUGAAGAAAACAUACAGAUAACUGUGACCUGUGAGAAAGCCUGAAGCUCGGCAGACCAGGAUCCUGCCCCGGGCCGGAAUUAGUGAGAGGGGCCCCCCUCCCUCCUGCCAGCGCACACCUGCCAGGGGCUUCUGAUCACACCAUCUGCUUGUAUUAAAGCCAGACGAACCGCAGUGGAACUACAUCGACGCAGCACCAGCCUCCACCCACGCGCCCACCACUUUCCUCCCAACCAUCACCGCUGCUGUCCCUGGUUGCCUCCUCCGGGUCUCAACAUGGCGACCAUGUUCCUACUCUGGCUGCGCCACUGACCUCCACCCUGGGCCACCGCCAUGGAGAGAAAACGCCGAAAGAAAUUCAUCUAGCUGCUCAGGCCUUUUGCAGUAUGGACAGUGUUGGAUCUGUGGACCUGAUAAUGCUCCGUGCCAACCCUUGACCCCCCAACCAGGUUUUCUGCCGCUCCGUUUUCAUCGGACACGGCCCAGCUGCUGCCCGAGUACCAAAAGGUCGGGUCAAGCUGAUGGUUCGCGUUACUUCGCAACUCAAAAUGCUCACGCCUGCAGCGUGGGCAUCCGUGCUUUGUGGGCUGCUGCUGGGCUUUCCGCCUCUAGUGGGUAUGGAGCCAAUGGGAGGGGCCAAAUUGGACCCUGACCACGCCCCUAGCGUAGAGCCCCUCCCCUCCUCGUCCGGAUCCAACUGCUCCGAUUUAACCCUCAAGCUGGAGUUCUCCACUAAGGUGGUGGAACAUGAGUACAUCAUCGGCUUCACGGGGUACUUCUCGGCCAAAGCUCGCAGCCUGUACAUCAGCAGCGCCCUGCGGAACGCCGCGGACGCCGCGCUGGAGUGGCGCAUCGUCCCGAGGCAGAACCCGGCCUCCGACUUCCCCAGCGACUUUGAGCUGGUCCACAUCCGCCAGGCCUCGCCCGGCAGCCUGCUGACCUUGGAGGACCACCCUUACAUCAAGAGGGUGACGCCGCAGCGCAAAGUGUUCCGCAUGCUCAAGUACACGCCCUCGCCCGAACCCGCAGCUCCCUGCAACGCCACCCGCUCGUGGCAGUCGUCCCGCCCCUUCCGACGGACCAGCCUGUCGCUGGGCACGGGCUUCUGGCACGCCACCGGCCGCCACUCCAGCCGGCGCCUGCUGCGGGCCAUUCCCCGCCACGUCGCCCAGAUCCUGCAGGCGGACGUACUCUGGCAGAUGGGACACACCGGUUCCGGCGUGAAGGUGGCGGUGUUUGAUACGGGCCUGAGCGAGAAGCACCCGCAUUUUAAGAACGUAAAGGAGAGGACCAACUGGACUAAUGAAAAAACCCUGGAUGAUGGUCUGGGCCACGGUACAUUUGUAGCAGGAGUGAUCGCCAGUAUGAGGGAGUGUCAGGGCUUCGCCCCCGACUCCGAGCUGCACAUCUUCAGAGUGUUCACCAACAACCAGGUGUCGUACACAUCGUGGUUCCUGGACGCUUUCAACUAUGCCAUCCUGAAGAAGAUUGAUGUUCUUAAUCUCAGCAUCGGGGGGCCUGACUUCAUGGACCACCCCUUUGUUGAUAAGGUGUGGGAGCUCACUGCCAACAAAGUAAUCAUGGUGUCUGCUAUUGGCAACGAUGGGCCUCUAUAUGGCACCCUGAACAACCCGGCUGACCAGAUGGACGUGAUCGGGGUCGGAGGGAUCGACUUUGAGGACAACAUCGCUCGGUUUUCCUCCAGAGGCAUGACCACCUGGGAGCUGCCCGGGGGCUACGGCAGGGUGAAACCCGACAUCGUCACCUACGGCUCGGGCGUUCGGGGGUCUGGGAUGAAGGAGGGCUGUCGCUCCCUGUCUGGCACCAGCGUGGCGUCCCCCGUGGUGGCGGGAGCCGUGACUCUCCUGGCCAGCACUGUCCUGAACAGGGAGCUGGUGAACCCGGCCUCCAUGAAGCAGGCUCUCAUCGCCUCGGCCCGCCGGCUGCCCGGGGUCAACAUGUUCGAGCAGGGCCACGGGAAGCUGGACCUGAUCCGAGCCUACCAGAUCCUCAACAGCUACAAGCCUCAGGCCAGCCUUUCUCCCAGCUACAUCGACCUGACAGAGUCUCCGUACAUGUGGCCUUACUGCUCUCAGCCCAUCUACUACGGAGGGAUGCCCACCAUCGUCAACGUGACCAUUCUCAACGGAAUGGGUGUCACCGGCAGGAUCGUAGACAAGCCCGUGUGGCAGCCCUACCUCCCUCAGAACGGCGACCACAUCGACGUGGCCGUCUCCUACGCGCCCGUGCUGUGGCCGUGGGCCGGCUAUUUGGCCGUGUCCAUCUCCGUGGCCAAGAAGGCGGCGUCGUGGGAAGGCGUCGCCCAAGGCCACGUGAUGGUCACGGUGGCCUCGCCCGCAGAGAACGACUCCGAGGCGGGCGGCGAGCUGACGUCCACAGUCAAACUUCCCAUCAAGGUGAAGAUCGUGCCAACCCCUCCACGCAGCAAGAGGGUGCUGUGGGACCAGUACCACAACCUGCGCUACCCGCCCGGCUACUUCCCCCGAGACAACCUCCGCAUGAAGAACGACCCACUAGACUGGAAUGGAGACCACAUCCACACUAACUUCAAGGACAUGUACCAGCACCUGAGGAGUAUGGGAUACUUUGUUGAGGUGCUCGGAGCGCCAAUCACCUGCUUCGAUGCCAGCCAGUACGGCACUUUGCUGAUGGUGGACAGCGAGGAGGAGUAUUUCCCCGAAGAGAUCACCAAGCUGAGGCGAGACAUCGACAACGGCCUGUCGCUCAUUGUCUUCAGCGACUGGUACAACACGUCGGUCAUGAGGAAGGUCAAGUUCUAUGACGAAAACACCAGGCAGUGGUGGAUGCCAGACACAGGGGGCGCUAACGUACCGGCGCUGAACGACCUGAUCUCCGUGUGGGGGAUGGCUUUCAGUGACGGGCUGUACGAGGGAGACUUCACCUUGGCCGAUCAUGACAUGUACUACGCCUCAGGCUGCAGCAUCGCCCGUUUCCCAGAAGACGGGAUCGUGAUUGCCAAGAACCUCAAGGACCAAGGUCUGGAAGUGUUAAAGCAGGAGACGGCCGUAGUGGAGGGAGUUCCCAUCCUCGGACUGUACCAAACACCGUCUGACGGGGGAGGUCGCAUAGCCCUGUACGGUGAUUCUAACUGUAUCGACGACAGCCACCGACAGAAAGACUGUUUCUGGCUGCUGGACGCUCUCCUUCAGUACACUUCCUACAGCAUGACCCCUCCCAGCCUCAGCCACUCCCACAGCAGAGUGGCACCACCCACGGGCGCCGAGCGCCCACUGCCGCAGAGGCUUGAGGGCAACCAUCUUUACCGCUACUCCAAAGUUCUAGAAGCUCACCUAGGAGACCCUAAGCCCCGCCCACUACCGGCCUGCCCUCACCUGUCUUGGGCAAAGCCACAGCCACUCAAUGAGACAGCACCCAGUAACCUGUGGAAGCACCAGAAGCUUCUGUCGGUGGAUCUGGACAAAGUGGCUCUACCUAACAUGAGGGCUUACCGUCCCCAAGUCAGACCUCUGUCUCCUGGGGAGAGCGGCGCCUGGGACAUCCCAGGAGGGAUAAUGCCUGGUCGCUACAACCAAGAGGUGGGCCAGACCAUCCCCGUGUUCGCCUUCCUGGGAGCGAUGGUCGUCCUGUCGUUUUUCGUGGUCCAGCUGACGAAGAGCAAGAGCAAACCCAAGCGCAGGAAGCCGCGCAUCAAACGGCCCACGUACCUCCAGCAGCAGCAGCAGCAGCCCGCGGCCACGACGGGGAAGAACCCUGCAGUUUGACCGCAGACGGCUGCUGGGGGGGGGGGGGGGGGGGGGGGCGGCGGCUUCAGCUCCUGGAAAAAACUGAGAUGCUGUCAGACAAGACAACUUGUGAGGAGUAGCGUCGGCGUGGAACCACGCGGGCUCACUGCUCUGAUGCCUGCCGGGCUCUGGGAACCCGGGUCUGCCGAAGGCCGGUGUGUGUAUUUUCGAACUAAUGAACAGUAUUACACAUUGAUGAUGUAAAACACACAGGAAACCCCUCGAGACAGACUCGUUGUCUACAUUUCCCGCUCUUUUCUUUGACCAAACAGUUUUCUUUAUCAAUGAAAGUGUGUCCUCGUUUUUAUAUUUAUUGAAUCUGUUCGUACCCCUAACACACAUCCUCGUGAGGACAAGAUAUGUACUCAUGUAAAACAUACUGUAUGCACUUUGAGUUGGCAUACACACACACACACACACACACACACACACGGAGUAACAUCCAGCGCACACCGAAUGCCACCAUGCACACACUUCAAACAUGAGGGCCGUUGGAGGAUCCAAGUCGUCUUCUCUUACGUCAACAUCCACUAUUUUGUAUGACCUGCUCAUAUCUGUUUGAAAUCAGUCUUGUUUUUUAUAUUUUCUAUAAUGAAUGAACUCUGGCCAGGAAUUCUGUGGGUGUCCUCCUUCAUGAUCUAAUGGUCAAAAAAGUAGCAUUGACAGACCUGUUCAAAUAUAUCAUCAAUUAAAAAGCAUUAUAAAAGUG